AUGUCCAGAGGGGAUUACCGCGGGGACGCCAUCACCAUCACUCCCAAGGCCUGGCCGGCGCCGGCGGACCAGGCGCUGUGGGCGACGGAGGACGACUACCGGAGCUGGAACGGCGAGCGGGAGCCCUCCUCCGACGCCUCCAACCACGAGCAGCAGCCCCCCACCAAGAAGCCUCGUGGAGGCGGCGCCGCCGCUUCCACCUCCGCCGCCGCGAGCAGGUCUAAGGCGAUCGGGAAGAUGUUCUACAAGACGAAGCUCUGCUGCAAGUUCAGGGCGGGGACGUGCCCCUACAUCACCAACUGCAACUUCGCCCACGGGAUCGAGGAGCUCCGCAAGCCCCCGCCAAAUUGGCAGGAGAUCCUGGCUGCCCAAGAAGACGGACCGGAGAUCCCAAGGGAGGAGCAUCGGAUUCCGAUCAUCUCCUCCGGCGCCGGCGGGGAGGCGCAGAGGUCCUACAAGGGUAGGCACUGCAAGAAGUUCUACACCGACGAGGGGUGCCCAUAUGGAGACACCUGCACCUUCCUCCACGACGAGCAGUCAAGGUCCCGGGAGAGCCUGGCAAUCAGCCUUGGCCCCACCGGCGGGAGCAACGGAUACGGCGGCGGCGUUGGUGGCGGCGGCGGCGGCGGCGGCGGCGGCGGGGGCGGUGGCUACAACCAGAAGCUCUCAAACUGGAAGACGAGGAUAUGCAACAAGUGGGAGAUGACCGGUUACUGCCCAUUUGAGAGCAAGUGCCAGUUCGCCCAUGGCGCAGCAGGUGCAGUGCUCACAUCUCAAAAACCCUUCUUUCCGAACACAUCUCAUGCUACAAAUAGUUCAUCACGCGUUGACUUAUGGUCGACCAUCCGUUGACCUAUGAUGGAACAUCAUUCAUGAACUAUGCGUUGAUAAAUGAUUUUAAUCCAUCAUCAUCAGCUCGGAUUUCUCCGUUUAAGAACACUCGUCGCCGUCCCAUUCGAGGGCUGAUUUACAGCCGCCGUUUGCUUAGGGUGGACUUCUGAUCGAGCAGCUUUCUUGAGCAAUGCGUUAACUUUUUCGCACAUAUGAAAUUGACACUCAUCUGGGUACAGAGCUCCACAGAUUUGGCGGUGGGCUAGUGGACGGAGAAGGGAGGGACUCUUCUUCGACGCCGUCGGACCCGAGGCAGGCCGGCAUAUUAUCCAGGCCGCCGGUUGACUCCACGGCCUACAGCUCGUCGGUCCCUCACACAGAUUCCUACAACAUGGGAAUCUCCUCCCAGCGGGGCAGCAGCGGCGGCGGCGGAGGAAGCCUGAGGCAGGUGGAGAGGGAGCGGCCUCUUCCACGGUGGAAGGGCCCACAGAAGAUCAGUAGGGUUUAUGGCGACUGGAUCGACGACCACGAGUAG